AUGUCACAAACUGUGCGUGUGCGAUCGUCAAGGGCGAUGUGCCGUCGUUGCUCUCGAAUCCCUCGCUGCAGCUUGCUUCGGCAAGCUCCCCCUGUAAGAAAGUCAAGGUUCGAGCUAAGUACGAUAAUACGCUCUAAGCAAUUUGCAAAUGAGGAACAUCAAGACGCUAAAAAUGUUUUACCUUUGUUAGCUUCGUCGUAAAACGUAUACGAGAAAUUACUAGUUAGUUAACAAGUAUUCAGUUGAUGAUAACAACAAAGCAAUAUAUUUCGGAUAAAUCCUAAAUUACUAGUAGGAUGGAAAGCCACUACAACAAGUUUGGUCCUUACUUCUUAUAGUGCAGGACCUCACCGAUCACAUU